GAGCUGAAGGGAGUCGUGGGGAAGCGGAAGCAGAAUUUCCCCUCCCUUUCGGGCUCUGUAUUCGUAGGAGCUGGCGGUAACCUUAGCGUCAUCCGGAAGACCAUCCCACAAGGUGGCUGUGGAGUGGAUGCUAGCGCGUAGCCCAGCGAAUCUCACUUGGAGAGCAGAGGGGCUCCGCUGCCCGGUCCUUGCCAGGCGGCCGAGCAGGCCCACUGUCCCCUGCUGGGCGUGGGAAUGCAGUGGCUUGCGCCGCCCACUGACCUUCCGAGAAAUGGCAAAAAAUCUUUUGAAUGCAACAUCUCUGUCUGCAAGGACAAAACUACUACAUCAAGUGGGAGUAUCACUUUAUAAUACUUCUCAUGGCUUCUAUGAAGAAGAAGUAAAAAAGACAUUGCAGCAGUUUCCUGGUGGAUCCAUUGACCUUCAGAAGGAAGAUAAUGGCAUUGGCAUUCUUACUCUGAACAAUCCCAGUAAAAUGAAUGCUUUCUCAGGUGUUAUGAUGCUACAACUUUUGGAGAAAGUGAUUGAAUUGGAAAAUUGGACAGAAGGGAAAGGCCUCAUUGUUCGUGGGGCAAAAAAUACUUUCUCUUCAGGAUCUGAUCUGAAUGCUGUGAAAGCUCUAGGAACUCCGCAGGAUGGAGUGGCCUUAUCCAUGUUCAUGCAAAACACCUUAACAAGAUUUAUGAGACUUCCUUUAAUUAGUGUUGCACUAAUUCAAGGUCGGGCAUUGGGUGGAGGAGCAGAAUUUACUACAGCAUGUGAUUUCAGGUUAAUGACUCCAGAAAGUGAGAUCAGAUUUGUCCACAAGGAGAUGGGCAUAAUUCCAAGCUGGGGAGGGGCCAGCCGGCUGGUUGAAAUCAUCGGCAGCAGACAAGCUCUCAAAGUGUUAAGUGGGGCCCUCAAACUGAAUUCAGAAAAAGCUUUAAACAUAGGAAUGGUGGAAGAGGUCUUGCAGUCUUCAGAUGAAACUAAAUCUCUAGAAGAAGCACAAGAGUGGCUAAUGCAAUUUGUCAAUGGGCCACCAGAAGUCAUUAGAGCUUUGAAAAAAUCUGUUUGUUCAGGCAGAGAGCUGUAUUUAGAGGAGGCAUUACAGAAUGAGAGAGAUCUUUUAGGAACAGUGUGGGGGGGACCUGCAAAUUUAGAGGCUAUUGCUAGGAAAGGAAAAUUUAAUAAAUAGAUUUUAAAAAUGUUUAUGUACUACAAAUAAAUCUUCAAUGAUUAAUAUAUAUGAAAGUUAAAUGAUGCUAAAUAUGA